AUGCCAUUGCUGCGCAAAAUCCCACUUAGCCAUGGCUGGCAUUUCAAACAAUCCACCACCUUGAACAACUCGUGCGCGUCUUCGUCCUUUCUCCCCGUCGCUGGCUUCCCGACCGUCGCCCAUCUGGAUCUCUUGCACCACAAGCUUAUUCCUGACCCAGACCUGGACAGCAACGAGGUCGACUGCCUAUGGGUCAACGACGCGGACUGGACCUACCGAACGCAGAACAUCGAGCCCGUCGACAUACAGCCACAUGAAAGAGCUGUGCUGGUGUUCGAAGGGUUGGACACCAUUGUGGACGUAUUCCUGAAUGACGAGCACAUACUUUACGCGAACAACAUGAACAUCGAACAUCAGGUCGACGUCACGAAACUCGUUCGUGGGCGCAAGGAGGCGUCAACAUUGGAGCUGAGGUUUCGAAACGCACCCAGUUAUGCUCGUAAGGAAUGGCAGCGGAUCGGGUACAAGGGCACGGCAGCAGUGGAUCCAUAUGAGAGAAUUCAACCGGCUGGGGAGAGGUGUUUCGUUAGAAAGGCACAAUAUCAUUGGGGCUGGGAUUGGGGACCGGCGCUCAAUACUUCCGGUCCGUGGAAGCCGAUAUAUCUUCAGGUCUACACCUCGAGAAUAACCGGCUUUCUGGUUAGGCAAGAGACAGAAUCCGAUCUUCAGACCGCAACCGUGUCCAUGAAAGGUAUGAUACAGGGUGCUCCGGCUGAUGGCAAUACUGUGACGGUGACCCUGGUAUCCCCAGAUGGCAAACCCGUUUUUCAAUCUUCUGUCGCUGUAUCAUCUUCCCAGGCAUUUGAAUGCGCCAUCCCGGUCCAUCGCCCUCAGCUUUGGUAUCCUUUUCAAUACGGUACACAGCCGCUGUACACGGUGCGAGCGUCCCUCCCAGAUCACGACCUGCAGGAGACCAAGAUCGGACUCCGUCGUCUUCGACUUCUGCAGCACGGCCUACAAGGCGCCGAAGGCAAGGCUUUCGUCUUCGAGGUCAACAACAUCCGAGUGUUCUGCGGUGGCUCUAACUGGAUACCCGGUGACAUGUUGCUACCACGAUUCACCCGGCAACGGUAUGAAGACUGGUUGCUGCUCGCUAAAGGUGGGAACCAAUCCAUGAUACGUGUUUGGGGAGGCGGGAUUGUUGAGGACGAUUUCUUCUACGAGAUCUGCGACCGCGAGGGUCUCCUUGUUUGGCAAGACUUCCUUUUUGCCUGUGGCAACUAUCCCGGCGGCAAUGCACCAGAUUUUAUCCAAAGUGUCAAGGUUGAGGCCGAGGCGCUGCUUCGACGCGUCGGGCACCACCCUUCGCUGGCCAUCUGGGCUGGCAAUAACGAGGAUUACAUGUACGCUGAACUUCUGGGUUGGGAGAUCGAUUAUAGUGAUGAGCAUGGGCCGUGGGACGCGACGAAUUUCCCAGCAAGGGAGAUAUAUGAGAGAGUUCUGCCAGAAGCGUGUCGUCAGUUUGGAGGCGAUGUGCCGUACUGGAGGGGUUCACCAUAUGCUGGGAAGUCUGCUAACGAUGGAAUAGUCGGCGACGCUCACGUUUGGCAGGUAUGGCACAUGAAAAUGGCACCGUAUCGUGACUAUAAAAAGUUCACGUCAAGAUUUGCAAGCGAGUUCGGAAUCGAGUCUGCUCCUGACAUCAGAACUCUGCACCGUGCAGUGCAGGAUCCCAAAGAACGCCACUGGCAGAGCAGGACUUUGGAACUCCAUGAUAAAGGAGAAGGCCACGAACGCAGGUAUGGAAUGUAUAUGAGCGAAAACUUCCGGUUUCGAAUGCAUCCAUUGAAAGAUUUUGUGUACUGCACGCAGUUCCUCCAGGGCGAGGCCAUUUCAUAUGCCUACAAUAUUUGGCGGCGAGAAUUCCGGGGCCCAGGGCGGGAAUAUUGUUCAGGUGCUCUGGUCUGGCAGCUCAACGAUAUCUGGCCAGCCGUCUCGUGGGCUUUAGUCGACGUGGACGGGCACCGCAAGCCGGCCUUUUACGCCACCAAGCGAGCAUUGGCGAGCUUUGCCGUGGGCAUGGAACGCAUUAUUACGUCAAAGCCAAACUAUAUGCUGAGAAGCAUGUUGCCGACCAAGGCGAAGGCAGAGAUCUGGGCGGUGAACGGGGAAUUGGAAGCAAGAGGAACGAAGCUCGAACUCCGUGGGUUUGACAUAGGGACCGGCAAGGAAUUAUCAUUAUCGCUGCACGGCAAGAGGACGUCGUUUACUCUUCCUCCGAACCAGAGCACAGAGCUUCUGACUGUGGACAUUCCCUCCCCAGAUACGACGGUUGUCGUGGCCUACCUCCGGCAUGAUGAUGCGUCGGGUGGUCUGUUGGCACGGUGGGUUUCGUGGCCGGAACCGUUGAAGUACGUCCGAUUUUCUGCAGAGUCAUCGGUCGACUGCAGGAUUGAAGGAGAAGAAACCGUUGUUCUACGCAGCAAAACGCCGCUCAAGGGGGUAGUGGUUUCUGUGCCGGAGGAGGAAGGCGACAAUGCCGUGUUCGAUGACAAUUUUGUAGACUUGGUCCCCGGGGAGGAGGUAAGGAUCGGAGUCAAAGGUCUAGCUGGGCGAAAGCUUGAAACACGCUGGCUAUGCGAUUGGGAAACAGAGCCAGAACUUCAAGCCUGA